GGCGGCGGGCAGCGGCGAGGCGCCUGACCGCACAGCUCCGCUCCGCUCCCGAGGAUGCUUGGGGGGCGAUGCCCGGCGACAGGGAGGACGAGAUCUGCCAGAAAGCGCUGCAGCUGCUGGCCGAGCUGUGCUCCGUCGGCGCCGUGGAGAACGAGAAUUGCCGGGAUUUUAUCUACUACCUGCGGGACAGAGCCCGGCCCCGCCUCACCGACUCAGAUAUCUCAAUAAGCUUGCUUUCCCUAGUUGUCACAGCCUGUGGUCUUGCUCUGUUUGGUGUGUCCCUGUUCGUGUCCUGGAAGCUUUGCUGGAUUCCUUGGCGAGAGCGUGGCCUGCCAUUUGGGAACAAAGAGAAACAAGAGUCCCUGAACUACACAGAUACAGAGACCAAUGACCAUGACUACAGCGAGGAUUAUCUUGGUCAGCCAACAACCUACCCAGAGUCCUCCAUGAAGAUCAGCCACACCUCUCCUGAUAUCCCAGUGGAUGCUCAGGGGGAGACAAAGGAGAACUGUGUACACAAUGCACGAAUGCAUCGUCAGAUCACUGAACCAACCUCUUCUGCACGGCAUAACUCAAUCCGAAGACAGCUCAACCUCUCCAAUCCUGACUUCAACAUUCAGCAGGUUCAGAAACAGGAGCAACUGACUGGAAUUGGCCGCAUUAAGCCAGAGCUGUAUAAACAGAGAUCCGUGGACACAGAUGAUGGCCGGAGGAGUAAUAGCAAGGCAUGUGGAAAACUGAACUUUAUUCUGAAAUACGACUGUGAUUUAGAGCAGCUGAUAGUGAAGAUACACAAGGCCAUCAACCUGCCAGCAAAAGACUUCUCGGGAACUUCAGAUCCGUAUGUGAAGAUAUAUCUCCUUCCUGAUAGGAAAACAAAACACCAGACUAAAGUGCACAGAAAAACCCUAAAUCCAGUUUUUGAUGAAGUUUUUUUAUUUACUGUUCCAUACAAUGAUCUGAAUGCACGGAAGCUCCAUUUCUCUGUCUAUGAUUUUGACAGAUUCUCCAGGCAUGACUUGAUUGGCCAAGUGGUAGUGGAUAAUUUUUUAGAAUUGGCAGAUUUUCCCAGGGAAUGUAAUAUUUGGAAGGAUAUUGAAUAUGUCACCAAUGAUAAUGUGGAUCUUGGUGACCUGAUGUUUUCACUCUGCUACCUUCCAACAGCUGGUAGACUAACUAUUACAAUAAUAAAAGCAAGAAAUUUAAAGGCAAUGGAUAUCACAGGAGCAUCAGAUCCCUACGUGAAGGUUUCUUUAAUGUGUGAAGGAAGGCGACUAAAGAAAAGAAAAACUUCCACCAAGAGGAACACCCUUAAUCCCGUUUACAAUGAAGCCAUAGUCUUUGACGUCCCUCCAGAAAACAUUGACCAAAUUAACUUGUCGAUAGCUGUGAUGGAUUACGACCGUGUAGGUCACAAUGAGGUCAUUGGAGUAUGUCAAGUAGGCAACGAUGCAGAAAGUCUAGGUCGUGACCAUUGGAAUGAAAUGCUCUCAUAUCCUCGGAAACCCAUUGCCCACUGGCAUCCUCUUGCAGAGGGCCCUAUUCAGCAGAAAUGUUAUGCAGGUCUUCUGCGCUUGGAUGGCUGCCGAAGAGGCUUCCUCACCCUUUUAACCUAUUCAGCAGAAAUUUGGCAUUCCUGUUGAACUCUUUCUUAGCCAUAUCCUCAGGGGCUAUUCCACAGAGUCCAGUGGGGUAAAGAUGUCCUUUUAAUCCCUCUGUUUAAUCCUCUCCCCUCCCAAUACAGGAAAUGCUAAUCUUGAUUCAUGAGACACAAAACUUCAGUGUUCUAACUAAAUUGCUUCCUAAGAGUUCCCAUGGUUUAUUUUUAUGGUUACUCUCACUGGUUGAAGUCGGGCAAUAAUCCCAGUCAGGAGAAGCUACUAUAUUUAUGGACAGUCACAAUUGUCUGCUGAAAGAAAAGAAAAAUUAUCAUAUUAAGCCAUGUGCAGUGCCAUAAGCACCUGAUAUGUAGAGGCAGGCAGCUGACAGACACUUUCUGCAGUGUAGACUAGUGACCAGAAUGCAACUAAAGACUUGACUUGGUUGCAAGCACCAGCAUUAGGUUUUUCCAUAAGUUAAAUGUCACACAACAGGAAGAUGUUACAAAAUGGCAGAAAUACUCCAGCCUUGUCUGUCUCCAUGAUCAAUUACAUUUUCUGGUUCCUGGGGACAACAGAAGCACAUUUUCAACAGGGAGACCUUCGAUCACUCCCAGCCCGUUGCAGCAGGGAAGCACUGUGAGAGAACAGGGAUACCAACAGACAAGCAUGGCUGUGAAGGAAGAUCAAGCUAAGUCUGGAGCCCAGCUUUUUGUGCCCUCAUUCAAAAGUUAGCUCCUGGCAAAAGUGCCACAAUUGAAAUACCCGCCUGGGCAUUUGGGAGUUGAGUUUAGAAAAACAUCACUGAGCUCUCAGCUGUAACCAAACCCUGAUAGGAACGGACCAAGGGAACACAUGAGGAGCACUAUAACAGUUAUGUCCUACAAAAUGAAAAGUGUCCCUUAGCAGAAGUUGGCUACAUCCUUAAAUCAAACUUGCCUUCCCUCUUUGAUAAGUUUUAUUGCAGCCAGAGCCCACAAUCAGGUUUUGACAGCUCUUCCCUUUUUUGCAGGCAACCUGUUCUUUUCAUACAUGCCUUGCUAACUUCUUUAGAUUUCAUUGCUGUGAAUUGCUUUUCAUGCCACGGAGCUAAAGAGAGACUAAUUUUUUUUUCCCUUCCCAGGAAUCAAGUGGGGGAGGGUAUCCAGCGCAUCCAGGCUGUGCAGAGAAAUAUAUACACAGCAUAUCAUUUUGGUUCCUGAAUCAGGAUUAGGCUCAGCGAGAGUUCUGGAACCUCUGUGGCCACAACCAUAGGACCCUGAAUACUGCUGAAUAGAACCCUCAGUCUUCAACUGUGUGAAGAGCUAUUGGUUUUGAGUAGUGCAAUAUUAUCCACUUGUAGCAUUAGUUCUCCAGCUGACACUAUUGCUACUGAUAGAUUUUUUGUAUGGUCAUAAGCAUUACCCAAAUUCAAGUCAAAUGUUUUGCUCAUUAGAAUAACCCAGGUUUUACAAGCAACAUGACAGCAAUGAAAACAACAGAUAUUGGAGCCAGCUUUAAAUAUGAUUAUUGUAUUUGCAAAGGAAAAAAGAAGUGCAGUAUUGUAAAUGUAAAGCUAUGUAAGUCAUUUUUUCCCAAGAAUGACUGUCAUCAGACUUUUUUGAUGGUGAGUUGUAUCUUUCAUCUCCAUGUCUCCUUUCACCUGACAUGAAAACAAGACUAAUUCACUCCUUUGCAGAUAUGCUUCAAAUCCUUCAAAGCUGUAAAAAGUUCUGUUGGGUGACAACAAGAUACAUACAGUGUUUGCAAUGACAGCAUGUUCUUUUAGAAAGAAGAUAAGGAUCUGUGUAGUAUGGAGACUGGGAGCCCUCGGUGUUAUUAGAUGAUUUUCCAGUCACUGCUUUUCACUGUGUCCAUAACACUGUGAAGGGCUGGAAGAAUCUCACAGGUGGCUUUCUUUCAUCAUACACACAAGCACACACACACACCAUUUUAAAAUGCCACUCCAAACCUAUAUAAUGUCUGUGAAGACUAUUAUUUGUAGUAGAACUAACAUUGACAGGGCUACCUUAAAUGACUGUACAUUGUAAAUGCUAAUGAAUUCUGACCAUUUUAAAAAUAAAAAUAAAAAUCAAAGCAAAGCACUGAAUUCUUUCACAUAAUGAACUCUAGGUCCUGGAACAACAGUCCCUCGGAUAAAUUUUGCUCAUUAUUUAUCCAUGCAUAGGGUUAACUUCCUUAAUUUUUUCAUAGAGAGACUUUGAAUCAAGUUUUUACAUCAAUAUCUUUACCUUAAAAGGGCAAAUGCAAAUUAUGUGUGUAUUAUACAAUCUAGUAGCCUGCUAAACACAGGUAGGUAGCCCUUGUCUUUGUAUAUACUGUUCAGGUAAGUUUAUGCACAUGAACAUUGUUUUGCAUCUUGUAUGUGUUAAAUGCUCACCAUUUUCAGUUUCUAAUUGAGCUGACACAUGUGUGACUGUAAAAAAAUCGAGAAAAUAUUUGCAACUUUUAUUAAAAAAAAAGUUGUAUAACUUGUUAUUUGAGGAUCUUCCAGAAAACCAGAAUUGUUAACAGGUAAAAACACAGCCUAAUGGUUGCAGAAGAUCUUGGAUCUGUUCUAAAUGUGUAGUGUGGCUAUAAAGCAGAAGUCUUAAAAGUACAGUUGUUAUAAAAAAAUAAAAAUAAAAUGUCAUGCUAUGCUAUGAAGAAUUUAGCUAUCACAUACAAGGACACUCCUGGCAAACUCCACAACUGUUCAAAGCCUGCCUGAGCAAAAUUUCAGAUUGGUAACAGGUCACGUCCAGAGCAAAAAAAUACAACGUAGCCCUAGCAAAUGUAUCUCAGUACAUGCUCAAGUGAAGCCUUAUGUCAGCAGACCAGUGAUGUAAUACAGUGCUCGUAACUGUUCAUGUAUGAUCUUCACUUCAGGCAAAAUUCUGCACUCUUUACUCAGGCACAUCUCCCAGGAGCCAACAUGGGGAGAUAAGCACGAACAGAGGAGGAGGACCUUUUCCUUGUAAGUGGAGAUCUUUGAUUUCCUGGAUAAAUCAGCAUAGAUGCAAUCCCACGUGGGCAAAGCAGGCAGCUGCAUGCUUUCCCGCUGCAAUGGCUAUUACCAGGGCAAUGUUAUGAACAGUAGCUUCUGUAAGAAUGAAGAGACCUAUGCAGCUAGUUCAUUUUGUCUCCGUGGAACAGAGCAGAAAUCUUUCUCAGAUUUGCCUCAAGUGACUCAAAAGGGCGUCAGCAGAAAAGUAGUGUCAUUGUAAUUGCUAAUGUUUUUUAUUUUAUUAUCAUACUCAGUUCAUUUAAUGCUCAAGGGGCUGGCAUCAAGAGAAUGAUUUUGAAAACAGUUUGAAAUAUUUCUUUUACAAAGAAAAGGAAAAUCUUAUUUUUCAUUUUUUUAAUUUUCCUAAUUCUUGCUCUCUGACUCAUGACUUACAAGCUGUUACACAGGCUAUGGCAUUAUUUCGUGCUUUAUAAAAAUAUCUGCCUUUCCAUAGUACUGCAUAAGUGGAACAGUAGUUGUUUUCUGUGCUUCUCCCUCUUCACCUUUUGACUCAACUUAAUCUAUACUACUCCCUAGACCUUCAGUAGACCCAUGUUACAGUUCUGGUGAGCCAGGCAAUAGCAAUACUGGACAUAACAGAGCAUCUACUGCUAGAACACCAGUUGGAAAUGCAGUACUGUGAUCCCAGUACUGGUCACUCUCUUUGCUGAACUAUAAUUCCCAGUGGUGAAUUAGUAGAACAGCUCAUAAGAAUAACUCCAAACCUCCAACCUUCAUUUGUUUUAUUUCCUGUGAAGACACAAUUAUGCUGUAUCACAAGUGUUACUGAAGCAAAAAGGGAAAUCCCCUAGAAAUGCAUCUCAGCAAGAUUUUAAUCCCACUUUACUCAUUAACAAUAUUCUAUUAAACCCUUAGUUUUUCAUAAGAAGCCACAAUUUCAGAUAGAUUUUUUUAUGAAAAAAAGUGAGAGCUUUCCAAGGUUCCGAUACUAAGCAGGCUAUAAUUGGCUGUCGUGUGAAAUUCCAGGGCUAAAACACUCACAAGCACAACCCUUCUGCAGCUGAAUGUUGAAAUUCCUUUGUUUUCACUGAAGUCGCAAGGUAUUAAAAGCACUUGAGGAUUUUGAGUAUCAUUUUCCCCUGUAAAUAAUCCUGGCAAUACACCAACCAUACAUGAAUUGCAACCUGCAGAAGCAGGGACUAGAAGACAAAAAAAAAAAAGCAGAGAAAAAAGAUCCACCUCUCAUACUAUUCCUGCCAGUCAGUACACCUCAGCAUUCUGUACCAGCUGAUACAUAAGACAGCAAACUUCUUAUAUAGGCGGGCAAUGCAGCUGCCAGUAGCAGAACUAGUACAACAGCAAAGGGCAGCAGAAAAGAACGAGAAGAAAGAUUCUCUUAGUUGAACCUAUGUUUGGUUUGAGGAGUAGUUGAUAUGUUUUUUCACUUUUUAAACUCCAACCAUUAUACAAAGCUAUAUUAACACUUAGCACCUAAAGGUAAAUUGACGAUUUUAUCACCUGGCAAUGUUAGAGCAUUAAGGGGACUUUGCUAUUAAAAAGUAAUAGUAAUAAUAAAACUCUUAAAAGCUCUCUUUAUUCUCUUCUAGUCUAAAAUGAACAAAUGAUAAAGGGAAAGGGAGAAAGGACUGGAAAUUUACUUGAAGAAUCUUUUUGACCCAUUUAGAAAUCUAUAAUAUUAAAUUACUGUUAAUGCAUUUUGGGUUUAUUUGAACAGAAAGAAUUAAAAAAAAAAAAAAAAAAGGAAUCACACAGUAGGUGAGUCAGCAUGAAGUGUUAUCAAUAAAACGUUUUCUUGCCUUUAGAACAAUGUAUUUAAAAAUAUUUACAUCUCAGUAUCAAUUGAAAAAACAAUGGCUUUCUUGUUCCAAAAGAAAAAAAAAAAGCAUAUAGAGAAAGUUAUCCACCACAUUGUAGAAUUUAACAUAAGCCUCCAUGCUGAGGAAAAUAGGAGCAGGACAGACUCUGUAACAACUUCACUUUGAUACUUGCUGUAAGUACUGGAAAGCCUUGAUUGCAACCAUAAUUCUGUUCCAAAGUGACAGCCUUAUGAUUCAUGAAUCAAGCUAUGCAAGGUGUGAAUUACUCUGCAAGAGCACAGCACACUCAGCUGAGCUGCUUUUAGAGUCACCAUCUAAUACAGUGAGUUGUGCAAGGAACUCUGGCUGAAGUCCUCCACAGUCCCCAAAGGACCUCCUUGAAGGGCCAUGAAAUGCACUAGUCCAGGUGGCAGAAAGAGACACCAUUCAGGAGAGGUAUCACCAGGACAUACUCAGCUGCUGACUGAGCACAGCACACAGGGUACGGAAGGGAAGGUGACAUGAGAACUUGUAAGCAUCUGGGUUGUUUGUUUUGUCUGGAUUUUUAGUUAGUCUUUCCAUUGCUCACUUAGACAUUGUAAAACUGGACUGUUUUACUCAGUUGCAUGCUGGCCAGCUGUCAUUUUUAAUGCCCCUUGCAAAGGUGUGUGAAGAGAGCUGUGUUGUUUUUGUGUACUUUCAUUUUUAAUAACACGAACAUUGUACUGUACUUUAUUAUUUCCUGUUCAAUAAAUAGGCUUGGUAUCUCUGUUUCAUGUCUAAUUUUCAAGAGCAGAGCCAUUCCUGUACUGAGGCUCUCUCAACUAGGUGGGCUUUUUUUGUUUUUUGUUUUUUGUUUUGUUCAGUAAAAAUAAUGCAUGAUUUCUUUUCGCAGUGAUGGUUUGAGGGACAAAAAAUUUCUUAAUUUUGUAAUAUGUACUACAAUCUUCUAAACACAAGUAAAAAUGUACUGUGAUCUAUUUAUAUAAAUCUAGUCUGAACAAGUAAUUUUG